AUGAAGUCUUUUUCUAGCGCGAUCAACAAAACCGGCAAGAAGUUUGCCCCAAAGGCGCCCGCCCGCCGUGCGCCCGCGGCGCCUGCGCGCCGACCCAGCGUAACUCAACAGUCGCCGGCCGAAACCCCUCAGCCCAAAUCGACUCCUGAGACCAGUUCAAACAAUGAAGCUUCCGUGGAAACGGCUCCAGUGGUCACGGAGACGGAAAGGCCUGCGGUCACUGAACUCCCGCCCCCAGCUGUAGCUGCGACGGAACCAAUUCAGCCUCCUGCUCCUGCUCCUGCUACAGCUCAAACCCCAGUUACAGUCCCUAAUUCCUCCGCCAAGUCAACGGCUAUCCCCAAGCCGACUGCGAUAAGCAAGCCCACCCCAAUUCCUCGAACGCCGAUCUCCCGGCCUACGCCAAUCUCAAAGCCGACUACGAUUCCAAAGCCUACUCCAAGCCCUAAGUCUACUCUCAUCACCAAGCCUACUUCUAUUCCCAGCCCACAAAAGCGCAAGGCACAGGCUGUCGAACAAUCCGAGCCAGUCACAACCGUCCCGCCUACCCCACCUUCAACUCAACCGUCGCCUCCCGUCACCACUUCUGCCAAUGACUCUCAAACUGCCGAUGACCAGGGGCCAGAACAAGCCCUCUUAGACUAUGCUAGGAUAGAAGCUGCGCGCGCGGCAGGGGAUUUGGUGGACUCGACCGAACCACAGCCAAAACCUUCCACCCAACCCACCUCCCAGACCACUCACACCGACGCCCCGCCAGCCAAGCGGGCUAAAAAGGCGGUGCCCAUACCCAAAGCCAAGCCCAAUCGGAAGAAAUCGACAUCUGCGACACCAUCCGCUUCGGGUAGUCGCCGUGGGUCUCAAUCCGUCGUAUCCACUAUUGAGGGUCCCACCGGAACAUCAGAUAUAUCCGGCAUCUCGACCCCCGAUCCCGCCACCAAGCCGAAGAAGCGAAAGUACUCCAAGGCUGAAGCUUCCGACGCAGAUGGCAGUGAGAAGCCAAAGCGACCCCGCAAGAAGCGCGAGCCCACUCCUGAGGAGGCCGAGGGCGUGGAGAUCCUGCCGAAUGUCAUGAAGAUGUCAGAGCUCUGCAAAGACCUUCGAACUGGCAGGAAGUCAAAACGCGAGGUUGAGUUGCGCAGGAUGGAGCAAGAAGCAGAGGAAAAGAAGAAGUCAGGUGGAGGAACCCCAGUGAAGGAGCCGGAGCCGGAGAAGGUGGAGGAGCCAGUCGUCUGGAAACCCCGAAAUGGUCCGAGGAUGACAGUCGUUAAUGGUGAAAUUCAAUUGGAUAAUACAUCCUUGCAGGUUGAUCGUCACGCGGAUGCUGCGCGGGAGCUUGGGGAACUGGAAGAUGUCGAGGAAAACUCAUUGACUCGAAAGAUCAACUCAGCCAGUUUCGGCAAGCGCUCCAAGGCCGAAACGUGGGAUGAGGAGAUGACAGAACUCUUCUAUCGCGGCCUGCGCAUGUUUGGCACCGACUUCAUGGUCAUCAGCAAGAUGUUCCCGGGUAGAUCUCGGCGGCAGAUUAAGCUGAAGUUCAACAACGAAGAGCGGCGUGAUCCACAACGAAUCAAGGAUACACUGCUCGGACCCCGCGAGAUGAUCACCAUCGCAGCUUACUCGGAGAUGACAAACACCACCUACGACGAUCCAAAGGCAGUCCAGCAGGAACUUGACGAGGAGAAGAAGCGUAUCGAGGAGCAGCACACCAAAGAACAAGAAUUGCAAGCAGAACUCCUGCGCAACCCCACUGGUGGCGAUGCAAACGAUGGGAAGAACGACAAGGCACCUGUGAAGAAGUCCCGCAAGAAGCAAGUUAAAAGCGAUGGAGGUGGCGGCACAGAAGAGGUUUUGGGAUCAAUCGACGACAUUCCCACUGCGUGA